UGUAGCUGCUCCACUCGGUCUCCGGCCUGUGGCUGCUCCAGGCACCUGGCGGGAGUGUGUCUCUGGCGCUGUAUUUGCUCCCAGGUAGAAGCGAGCCGUUCGGCCCUUCUCUGUGGCUGGAUUUGCUUGUAUUUGUUCCUAGUCACUUCUCAUGUAAUGCACUCCCUUAGUCAGGAAAUUAAAGCGUUCUCCCGGAAUAACCUCAGGAAGCAAUGUACCAGGGUGACAACGCUAACUGGAAAGAAAAUUGUAGAAACCUGGAAAGAUGCCAGAAUUCAUGUUGUGGAAGAAGUAGAGCCGAGCGGUGGGGGUGGCUGUGGUUAUGUGCAGGACCUUAGUUUGGACUUACAAGUUGGCGUUAUUAAGCCAUGGUUGCUCCUGGGUUCACAAGAUGUUGCUCAUGAUCUGGAUAUGCUGAAGAAGCAUAAGGUGACUCAUAUUCUCAAUGUUGCAUGUGGAGUUGAAAAUGCUUUCCUCAGUGACUUUCUGUAUAAGAACAUUUCUAUACUGGAUCUACCUGAAACCAAUAUCCUGUCUUAUUUUCCAGAAUGUUUUGAAUUUAUUGAACAAGCAAAAUUGAAGAAUGGAGUAGUUCUUGUUCAUUGUAAUGCAGGAGUUUCCAGGGCUGCUGCCAUUGUAAUAGGCUUCUUGAUGAAUUCAGAAGACAUCUCCUUUACCAGUGCUUUUUCUUUGGUGAAAAAUGCAAGGCCUUCCAUAUGUCCAAAUGCUGGUUUCAUGGAACAGCUUCGUACAUAUCAAGGUGGCAAAGAAAGCAAUACAUGUGACAAAAUGUAGGUAUUGGAGGGGCACAGCAUGAGUUAUAUUCUAGCAGAUGAUAGGAAAUUGAUUUCUGAAUUGGCUUCUACAGCCACAUUUCCCUUAUUUUUGAGAGUAGCUAGUGGAAAUGUUCUUUGCUCUUGCCUUUUUCAAGUGGAAAUGGAAGUCAUUUGUCCUUAGCUAGUGUAUAAAUAGAUUUUGAAAUUAUAUUUUCUUUGUUGUUAUAAUAUGUGAUUAAGUACUUCUUUGAUUUACCAGUAGAAAAAUAACAGUGUAUUAUCAGUAAUUGAUUUCUGUAGAUGAAAAUGUUUUGAAUUUAGUAUCUAUAUUAGGGCAUGAAAAGAUUAAAUUAGGUCAUAACGACUUACAUUCUUUUUCUAUUCCAGUAACUAUUAAAGCUUGAAGCAUUACUAGACCUAAUAUUUCAAAGGAAGAUAAUUUUUUUCUAAAGAAUUUAAGACUAAAAUUUAAUACCUUUAAACUUCUAAAGAGGUAAUUAAAAUCCGAAGGUUGACAUAAUGGUUAUAUAGUGUUCCUAGUGGUAACAGUAUUGAUGGAAUUUUUAUGUCCAUUUCUGAAAAUGUAUCUACUUUACAUUUUGACUUUUUAACUUAAUUCUAUUGCUUAUAUUUUUUUAUUAAAAAAAUUCUGAAUAGGUGUUUUCUCUUAAAUUAUUGUGAGCUUGUGAUUCUUGCAGUCAGGUGAUCUCGUUUCUAGCAUUGUGUGCUUUUAAACCUGCCCCCCCUAGCUAUUUCUAUUUUUGGGUCCCAUGUCAUAAAUUUUUGGUCUCCUUGGAUAUGUUGGAAAUGUUUUAGACUGAAAGAUCUUUUUUAGAUGUGAUUUGUUUUCUAAUUUGGUAUUCUACCAGAAGGCAUAAUUUUGAGGAAAAGAGAUAUGAUUUUGUAAGACAUUUUAAAUAUUGUUAGAGAGAUUAAAAUCAUUGUGAUUUUAUCUCGGCCAUCUCUGAAUGGUGGAUUUUUUUCUACUUAGCCUUCAGAUUGGUAAUACUCUGUACAUUGAGUUCUGUCUAUGUGUGUGUAUAAAUUUACUUAAACAUGCUUAUUGUUAUCCAAAAUAAAAUGUACUUAAAAUUAAUAUAGUAAUUAAA